AGAUAUGAAAACAACAUUGAAGAUCCCUAUCUUCCUGAAUUUGAUGAUGAACAUCUACUUAGAGAAGAGGACAAACAAACAAAGUUUGAGAGAUAUGUUAUUGAUAGCAAAUACGAGAAUGAGAAAUAAUCAGUGAAGGAUGAAGUCAAAUAGUAAGUUAUGGAAAUUAGAAAAUUGAAUAAAUCAAAAAUACUUUAAAGCAACAUCUAGCAAUCAAGAAUUGUUUAAAUUGAUGAUCAUCAAGAGUGA